AUGCAUGGUCAUGAACAGGGUUACCCCGCAGCAGCAGACUUCCUCAAAUCCACCCUCUACAAAUGGGGCGGCGACGCCAACACAUUCACUCCCCACCCCUCCACCCCUUACAUCGAAGUAAUCUGCUCCCCAAACAACCCCGACGGCCGCUUAAACAACCCGGUCCUCCUCAACCAGAACUCCAACAACAUCCACGACCUCGCCUACUACUGGCCGCAGUACACGCCCAUCACAAAAGCAGCCGACCACGAUAUCAUGCUCUUCACCAUCUCCAAGUGCACCGGCCACGCCGGCUGCCGGCUUGGCUGGGCGCUAGUGAAAGAUGCCGAUUUGGCGAGAAGAAUGGUGAAGUUCGUCGAGCUCGGGACUAUAGGCGUGUCUAAGGACUCCCAGCACCGCGCUGCCGCGAUUCUGAGGGCGGUGUCUAAUGGGUAUGAGAGCGGAGGCGCUUGCAAGCUUUUUCACUUUGGAAGGAAGAUGAUGGCGGAGCGAUGGGAACGGGUUAGAGAAGUCGUUAAGGCGAAGGGCGCGUUUGGAUUGCUGGAGUACCCGCCGCCGAGUUACUGUGGGUUCUUAAGGGAGGAAGCCACACAUUUGCCUG